AUCUUGGUUUCCUUCUACAGAUCUUUGGUGGUAUUCAAUAGGGCUGUUGUGUGUUGGUGAGGAGAGAUUGCAGCUAGCCCUGGGAAAUAUUCAGUGUGGGAAGCAGAAAUAAUACAGAAAAAAAUAGUUUUACUAAGAGUGCCGUGUUAAUGUAAGGAAUUUGGUGAAAACAUUCACGAAUCGCAAUAAGCUGCAUAAUUUACCGCGGAUCCAAGGAUACGUCAGGAUGAAACGGCUCAGGUCUUCAAGCAGCAGUGACAGCUCUGCGCACCAUGGAGGCAUUGGAGCGUCAGUGCCAUGACAACAUGAACCACGCCAUCGGCACGGUAGAAGGGCUGGGCAUCGAGUACGACGAGGACGUCAUCUGUGACGUGUGUCGCUCCCCCGACAGCGAGGAGGGCAACGACAUGGUCUUCUGUGACAAAUGUAACAUCUGUGUUCACCAGGCGUGUUAUGGUAUAGUGAAGGUACCGGAUGGUAACUGGCUGUGCAGGACGUGUGUCCUGGGCAUCGACCCCCAGUGCCAGCUGUGCCCCAUCAAGGGAGGGGCGAUGAAGGCUACGAGGGCAGGCACCAAGUGGGCACACGUCAGCUGUGCCCUGUGGAUCCCUGAGGUGAGCAUAGCGUGUCCAGAGAGGAUGGAGCCCAUCACCAAGGUGUCUCACAUCCCCCCCUCCCGCUGGUCUCUCAUCUGCAGCCUCUGUAAACUGAAGACUGGAGCCUGCAUACAGUGCUCAGUGAAGAACUGCACCAUCCCGUUCCAUGUGACMUGUGCCUUCGAGCACAGCCUMGAGAUGAAGACCAUCCUGGAUGAAGGAGACGAGGUGAAGUUCAGGUCCUACUGCCUGAAGCACAGCAAGCCCAAGAACCAGGCCUCCUCCGACCCACCAGCCCCCGGCCUCAGCCCCUGUCAGCCAGCCCACAGCAAGCAGRCCAAGGCAGGGGAGCCAGGCUCCGGUCUCAGUCCGGCCCGGCCCAAACCCCCCGUAGACCCAGAGAGGYGGGGCCUGAGGGCCCAGAGGUUACUAGAACUGGAGGAGGAGUUUUCCACUCUGAUUCACCCGGAGGAGCUGGCCCUGAACCUGGGCCUCCCUCCCAGCCUGCUGGACUUCAUCUACCAGUACUGGAAACUGAAGAGGAAGAGCAACUUCAAAGCCCGUUGCUCUGGACUGGACCCCCUGGUGAGGAGGAGGAGAACUGCUGCUGUUGCCUCAUGA